AUGGCCAAUGUUGAGAUGCUUGCUUUUCAUGUACCUAGCCUGGAAGAACUUGUUGGAGGUGAGUAGAUAUGACUCUUAGAUGCUACAGAAAUGUCGUGACGUACAAAAUGGGAGCGGAAACCUCUGGAGUCUCCAGUGGAAGCGAGUUCCAUAGUUUAACAAUGAGCUGCAUGAAAUAGUAGUUUCUUUUCUCUGUCUUGCCUCUUUCAACAUGCUGUUUCUUGGGAUGUCCAAUAGUUCUAGGGAGGGAGAAAAACUUAACUCUAUCCACUAGUCCCAUAUCUAUGCCUAAUGAGAAGAGGCAAUAGAUAACUAAGCUCUUUCCUGCACAACUAUUGCACCACCCAGAAGGCAUUUGAAUGCUGGGUGCACAUUUUAAUGCGAUAUCCUUGCCUUGCGAAGUUGGUGCUUUUUGUUUCGUUUCAUUGCAGAAAGCUUGUCCUAAGUAUUUCUAAAGACAACAGUAAUAAUGCACUCUUUACCUUCUUCUAGUUUUGCAAAAUGGACUUAAAGAAAACUUUGCGGAUGUUCAGGUUUCUGUAGUGGACUGCCCUGAUCUGACUAAAGAACCCUUCACAUUUCCUGUUAAAGGUAAUUAGUGAAAUCUAUGAAAUGUCUAUUUCACAGAGGACUUCUGUUCAAGGUGCCAGCCGGCCGCGUCCUUUUCCAGGAUACUCCAUUGCGUUCCUCUUCUUCCCCUGCUCCCACUUUUGUCUCCUUAUCCUCCUCAAAAAGUUAAUCCUCAUUGUGUUGAGCAUACCUAGUCUCCAUCUUGGGCGUAGCCAGCAUUUAUGUUGUGGGGACAGAACCUCAGUUAAGUAGUUUAAUUGUUUUACUUGAUUUAGGGAGAGCAGCUGCCCCCCCCCCCAGCAAUGUCCAUGUUCCCCACUGGGAUGUUUUUGAGUGUCCCCACUUUUCUGGGGGGUGGUGGUUCUUUUUUAAAAAGAAAUCACUUCCAAAACCCCCCAGGAUUCCUCUGAGCCUGCUGAGACUUUCAGGGAUAGGGAACCUCAACCCGACCCAAAAAGUUUAAAAAAUUACUGGUCUAAAUGUAAAGGGACCCCUGACCAUUAGGUGCAGUCGUGGCCGACUCUGGGGUUGCGACACUCAUGUCGCUUUAUUGGCCGAGGGAGCCGGCGAACAACUUCUGAGUCAUGUGGCUAGCAUGACUAAGCCGCUUCUGGCAAACCAGAGCAGCGCACAGAAACGCCGUUUACCUUCCCGCUGGAGCGGUACCUAUUUAUCUACUUGCACUUUGACGUGCUUUCGAACUGCUAGGUUGGCAGGAGCAGGGACCAAGCAACGUGAGCUCACCCCGUAGCCGGGAUUCGAACCGCCGACCAUCUGAUCGGCAAGUCCUAGGCUCUGUGGUUUAACCCACAGCGCCACCCGCGUUCCAAUUUCUGAUCUACAACGCCCAUAAUUCCUGACUAUUGGGUGUUCUUGCUAGGGCUAAUGGGAGUUGUAGUGUAACAACACCUUGCGGACCACAAGCUCCCCACUGAUCCACAUAAUGACACUCACAACCUGAAAUGGGGGCGGUGGGGAUGUUGAUAUAACAUAGGCAGGUCCAAUGCUGCAAACAUGUCAUAAAUUCGAGAUUCCUUUGGUUAUCGUUGUCUCAAAGUUGGGAGAAGAUGGAGCCCUUAAUGGCUGUGCUUGAAGAAGAAAGCCUCUGUAUUUUAUACUAGUGAUCUGUUUUCUUUACUAAACUAGGUCCAGCAGUCGCUGGCCAAAUAAUAAUAAUAAUAAUUAUUAUUAUUUGUAUCCCGCCCUCCCUGGCCAAAGCCGAGCUCAGAGCGGCUGACAUCAUAUAAAUAAGACAAUAUGCGUAAUACAGUAUACAAUACGCAAAUAAAAUAACAUUCAACAUUCAUUAAAAUAAUAUAGAAUAAUAGUAAAUAUGAAUAAUAGUAAAUAUCGGCAUUUCAAAAUUAAACAGAAAUCCACUCUUAACAGUUACAAUAAGUAAUUUCUAAACUCCAAUCAAUAAAACACAGCAAACCACAGUGCACAACCUAAUACAAUACAAAAUGAGAAGCUGAGACUGGAGGGUGGGGCAAGGCAGGUGGAAGGAGACCUUGCCUGAGGAAGUCUCUCCCCUCACAGUUCUUCCUCCAGGCACAGCUUCCUUAUGAGGAGUCCCAGGGCCAGGGGGUGGGACAAGGAAGGUGGAAGGAGGCCUUGCCUGAUGGAGUCUCUCCCUGACAAGCAGAGCAUAGAGGCAGCGGCCUUCCCUAUUAUUUGCCCACUGCUGGCUAGUGCAGAUUCAUAAUGGCGCUAAAUUGCUGAUGGGGAGCAUUUUGCCCUCGAGAUGUUCUUAGACUCCCCACCAUUGGCCCUAGCUUUCUGAAGAAACUAAACUCUUUUGGUCGCCUUACAGGUAUUUGCGGCAAGCCUAGAAUUGCUGACGUGGGCGGCGUUCCAUACCUUUUGCCUCUUGUACAAAAAGAGAAGGUGAGUUGUUACUACUUGUGGCCACAUAAUAGAUCUGCCUGCAAACAUGGGAUUUGUAUCUAAUGUGAGUUGUACUCAAGAUCCAUUGAAAUUGUUGGAUAAUGACUAACUUAUGUCCAUUAAUUUCAGUGCAUGGCAUCCCAACAAAGCAGACUUCAGCUGUGCAAUGGAACUUCCCCUCUCGCUGUGUACUUCCCAUGACCCCAGAUCUGUUCUGGGGGUUCCCUGAACUCUCCAGAGCAGGGGUCGGCACGGUUUACCUCGUCUGGGCCGGUUCACUCGCUUGGAGAUCGCUCCGUGGGCCGGAUUGUGUCUGCGCAGACGCAAUUUUUGGCGUCUGCGCAGACGCGAUUUUAGGUGCCACGGAAGUGAGUUCCUGCUCCGCGCUGUGCCGGUUUAGCGCAGCAUACAUGGACUCGCCGACUGGGCGGCUCGGUUUGGGGGUGGCUCGGGGGCCGUUUAAAUGACCUCUGUGGGCCUCAGGUUUCCGACCCCUGCUCCAGAGCAUAUUUGGGGAGUGGGAGGGAGCAUGGAGAGAGGAGGCGGGGAGGGCAAGUUCCAUUGGGCAAGGAGAGAUGCUUGUGCUGGUGGAUUUACUUUGUUAGAUAUUACUUUGUUAGAUACAGUGGUACCUCAGGUUAAGUACUUAAUUCGUUCCAGAGGGCCAUUCUUAACCUGAAACUGUUCUUAACCUGAAGCACCACUUUAGCUAAUCGGGCCUCCUGCUGCCGCCGUGCCGCAGGAGCAUGAUUUUUGUUCUCAUCCUGAAGCAAAGUUCUUAACCUGAAGCACUAUUUCUGGGUUAGCGGAGUCUGUAACCUGAAGCAUAUCUAACCCGAGGUACCACUGUAUGUCCAAGUGGGCUUACUCUUGAGUGGGACUUAGCUCUCCCACUGAGCUUAUGGUCCUUCUGUUAUGCGCCUUCAAAGCAUGUCCCGGGCAUAGAUUAUCCAACGGAGAACAGCAAUUCUAGUGAAAAACCCAACACACCUUUCUUGUUUAGGUUUAUGACCUGAACACAAUUGCAAAGGAAAUGCAGCUACCGGGAGCUUUCUUUCUCGGAGCCGGAGCGGCUUCAUCCAGAGUUGUCGGAGGCAACGCUGAGGUAGGUAAAUAUUAGCUCUUAACAUGUAUGCCAGACUCGAUCAAGAGAGCCAGUGUAAUGAUUGAGAGGGCUCAUCUGGAGAGGUCUGGGUUCAGACUCCUGCUCAAGUGACCUUGGGCCAAGGCCAGGCUGUAUGUGACGUUAAAAACGUGCCUUCCUUUAUUUCUUUAAAUGAGCUGUAUGUCGGCUGCUUAAUAAAGGAUAAACAAAUCUCUAAGCAGCUUAUGUGAAAUUGUUUAAAAUACCUAAUAAAAAUGCAUUGUAAACUGCUGAGAGACUACUGCGGUAAAGCGCUACAUAAAUUGUUUAAAUAAAAGCAACAAGCUUUAAAAGCAAAUAGGCACAAUAAAAGGAUCAAAAUAAGUAGGGUUGUCAUAUUUUUCAGAUUUUCCCAAAGUUUUAGCUGAUUUUUAAGGGAAAUCAGCUAAAACAACACUGCCAUGCACCUGGAUUUUCCCUGAAUAAUUUUGCCGAUUUCCACUCAGACACUACUCCAGACUGCAGUAUUCCGUGUAUGUCCAGGAAAUUCCGGGCAUAUGGCAACCCUAAAAUAGAGGGCACAAGGUAAGCUCCCAAGGGUCUUAUCCCUUUGGGACUUGAGCCAUGUAAGUUGGUACAGUAUUUCAACUUAGAAUGCUCAAAAUCCAGUGGUAAACACUAAAUCAUCUCGCUACAUAGAGCUUCUUUCAGAAGAAAGGCUCCCUUCGUUAACCGGACUCAAAUCCUGGUUGCACACUACUUAAUUUCAAUGGAACCUAGGCUGAAAUCCCUGUACCUGCUUAUCAGCCGGUCAGCCCCACCCACCCUGAACUUUACAUGAAUUAUUUCUGAUUAGACACAUAUAGGACUGCACGGUUCAGGACCUCCGCCUUCCUCUGAAUCGUACAUUCUAUAUUUAAAGAGACCUUAACCUGGAGCGUCAGUGGGUCUUUCUUUUUAUUGAUCGCGAUGCCCGAUAAACACAGCAGAUCCAUUCAGGAAAGUUAAUUUUUUCUCUCUCUCUAGCUUAUCCCUAUCGUUCAAGCUAAAAAUGAGAAAAAGCCAGCUGUCAAUCGGAGUUACUUGGCCAAGAUUAAUCCGGAGGAUGGUGGGUGCUUGCUGGAACAGUACAGCUCCAAAUAUAAGGAUUGUGAAUUUGGGCUGCUGGCCAACUUGUACGCCAGUGAAGGCCUUCCUGGCAAGGUAUAUGGUCUCAUUAACUUGAACGCAUACAGUCUUUGCAUGUAGUUGCAGGUGGAGAGCACUUGCUGGUUGUCCCAGAUCCAGUCCCUAACAUCUCCAGGUACAGCUAGGAAAGACCGUACCUGGAACCCUGGAGAAGCCUAGUUUGUGGUGAGUAAAGAAGAAUUUGAGCUUGGAUUUGAUAUCCCGCUUUAUCACUACCCGAUGGAGUCUCAAAGCGGCUAACAUUCUCCUUUCCCUUCCUCCCCCACAACAAACACUCUGUGAGGUGAGUGGGGCUGAGAGACUUCAGAGAAGUGUUACUAGCCCAAGGUCACCCAGCAGCUGCACGUGGAGGAGCGGGGAAUCGAACCCAGUUCACCAGAUUACGAGUCCACUGCUCUUAACCACUACACCACACUGGCUCUCUAGGGACCCCUGACCAUUAGGUCCAGUCGUGGCUUACUCUGGGGUUGCGGUGCUCAUCUCGCUUUAUUGGCCGAGGGAGCCGGCGAACAGCUUCUGGGUCAUGUGGCCAGCAUGACUAAGCCGCUUCUGGCGAACCAGAGCAGCGCACAGAAACGCCGUUUACCUUCCCGCCAGAGGAAGUAUUUAUCUACUUGCACUUUGACAUGCUUUCGAACUGCUAGGUUGGCAGGAGCAGGGACCGAGCAACGGGAGCUCACCCCGUCGCAGGGAUUCGAACCGCCGACCUUCUGAUUGGCAAGUCCUAGGCUCUGUGGUUUAACCCACAACGCUACCCUCCUCCCUUUGUGGUGAAUAGCCUCCAUCAUAAAUUCAUUUGAGUUGUGUUAAAGGAAACUGUUCUCUCUGAGGUUUCAGGCAAAUGAUAGCACUGCUCUGACUGAAUUGCUGUGGGGCAGGUAGUGACAGUACUUGCUGUUUAGGAAAGAAGCUACGAAGCCUUCUUACAAUAUUUCUGAGAGCUAUGCUGUAUAUUAAAAUAUGCUGUGUUGCUUUGUUUCAAAACAGGAAUUGAAAGUUGCAUAAUCAACAUUUUCGUGCCGACUAGUGCCCAUAAUAUAAACACAGCUUCUCUCCUUUUUUUAAAGGUCAUUGAAGUGAAAGCAAAUCGAAGAACUGGGGAGCAGAAUUUCAUAUCCUGUAUGAGGAAAGCCUUAGAAAAAUAUUACGGUGACAAACCAGUUGGCAUGGGAGGGACAUUUGUUAUCCAGAAAGGAAAAGCAAAAAUUCAUAUUAUGGUAAGUAAUAAAUAAGUAAUGGUUCUCUUCCCUUGUUCUUUAAGAGUAUACAACAGCGGUACAACUGCCGUGAUAAACAAGGUCUAGGUUUCUGCAUAGGAGGAAAAAAUGCAUGUAGAAAAUAUUCUGAAUUGCAAACUUGUGUUUGCUGUAUGCAUUUUGAACUUACAGCCACUUGGUGAGUGUCUCAGGCGCCCAAACCAACAGCAGAUAAGGAAGGGUGCUGGAGUCGCUUGUUGAAAUGAAUCAAGGUUUGAAAGUCAACAACAAACCAUGGCUUCAGACUGUGGUUUGUUGGCAAUAAACAAACCAUAGUUACUAUGCAGGAUGGCCCUGUGUCCUACUUUAUAGCCCCCUAUUUUCAAAGAGCUGUAAGAAGAUAGUCCUCUUUUUAAAGUUGUCCUCUUUUUGAAGGACUGGCCAGUUUAAGUCUGGUUUAAAGUUUUUUAAAAAACCCUCAAGGAGCGGCUGGGGAAACCCUGACAGAUGGGCAGGGUAUAAUAAAUUAUUAUUAGUAGCAGUAUUAUUAAGAGAGAGACCAGGGGUGUUGAAGUGCCUCAUCAACACUUUGCAUCUAGAAAGAGAGGUAGGCCGGCUGGGCCCAGUCUUGCCCACUAUGGUGAGAUGUAGGAUAUUUUUCUGAUGGACAUUACCAGGCUGACCUUUGCUCCAACAUUCCCAACUUUUCCUUUCCUCAAAUAUACAGUGGUACCUUGGGUUAAGAACUUAAUUCGUUCUGGAGGCCCGUUCUUAACCUGAAACUGUUCUUAACCUGAGGUACCACUUUAGCUAACGGAGCCUCCUGCUGCCGCUGCUGUGCAAUUUCUGUUCUCAUCCUGAAGCAAAGUUCUUAACCUGAGGUACUAUUUCUGGGUUAGCAGAGUCUGUAACCUGAAGCAUCUGUAACCCGAGGUACCACUGUAGUUGUGUUUUUCCUACAGCCCUCAGAAUUUUCUGCCUGUCCUUUGAAAACGGAUGAGGACGUGAACAACUGGCUCAAGUUUUAUGAAAUGAAGGCUCCGCUAAUUUGCCAACCCGUUUUGGUUUCCCAUGAUCCAGUAAGUCAGUUUGUUGGCAUACGGCGUGGGUUCUCUUGGGUGUGCUCUGCGGGGGGGGGGGGGGAUGUUGGCUUGUCUAACCACGCAGACAUUAUUGGGGGUCACAACCAACCCCAGUGGGGGAGCAUUCCAGCAUAUCGCUUUCUGUCUGCAAUCUGAAUUGUUACAGCGCAGCAACCGGGCAGUUCUACGCCUUGUUUUCUGCUUCUCUUUUCAUAAAUUCAUUAUAAGGAAGCAUAUAACGGAGGGCUGGGCCUGCGGCAUGGCCUUGUCCCUGAGCUUGAUUUUCCUUCUUCCUGUGUUCCCCAGGGCUUUGAUUUGCGCCUCGAGCACACGCACUGCUUCAGCCACCAUGGCGAGGGAGGCCACUACCACCAGGACACGACCCCAGAGACCGUCGAGUACCUGGGCUAUUUUCAACCCGCCGAGUUUCUCUUCCGAAUUGACAAGCCCAAAGAGACGCACAUGGUUGGCCGGGAUUGA